CUUCUGUGAAGCUGCUCUCGCGCUCCGAGGUGGUUUCUUUCUGCCCAACUUCUGAGGCAAUCGCGCUUGGGAGGAGGUGGCAGCGGGUCGCUCUUCUGCGUCCCUGCGCGGCGCGUUGCUCUUUUGGUACGACCUGCGCCCGCGACGAGAGAGCGAGAGUGUGAACGCGAACAAACUGCCUCGACCAUGUCGGCCUCGGCCAGAUCGUCGCCUCGACGAAGCGAAGACACCGAGGACAGCCGCCUUCUGCUCAUCUUGGUCCUUCUCUCUCCGUGCCUGUGACCGGACUCACAGGUGCAUCUGCUCCGGUCGCCUCCUCCUCGACGCUCCGCUGCUUUCCUCCAGCGGAACAUCUGGUCGCCAUCUUUGUGAACCUGGAUUACCUGGGUCUGGGGGCCUUGAAAAGAGCAGUGAUGGGUAACGCUGUGGGGGGCAUGGAGCAGCCCCGGGUUCAAGCGGGCAUGCCCACCUCGAGCCCUCAGCUCAAGCAACCGGCGCCUCCCAAAGUGCCCAUGCCUCCCGAUGAGGAGCUGGAGGCGCGCUUCAGCGCAGUGCUGAGCUCCAUGAACCUGCCGCCAGACAAGGCCCAGCUGCUCAGCCAGUACGACAGCGAGAAGAAGUGGGAGCUGGUCUGUGAUCAGGAGCGCUUCCAGGUAAAGAACCCACCCUCAGCCUACCUGGAGAAAAUCAGAGGCUACCUGGACCAAGGAUCCCGCAAUUUCAAGGCCCGUGUCAAGGAGUCAACCCAAGUCUUGAGAGAACUGGAAAUCUCUCUGCGUACAAACCACAUCGGCUGGGCGCAAGAGUUUCUCAAUGAGGAAAACAAAGGUCUCGAUGUGUUGGUGGACUACCUGUCCUUCGCUCAGUGUGCUGUUACGUAUGAUAUGGACAGCAUGGAUAACGGAGUAAUGGAUAAAUCAAUUGAGGACUUGACCAAGACACAGAGCAAAAUGCCCCGUGCCCUGACAGUCCGUGCAAUCCUCCGAUUUGGCAGACUGACCCAAUUACCUGGGCGGAAGGCACUGCGACACUCACGUAUUGUUAGCCAGAAGGACGAUGUCCACGUCUGCAUCAUGUGUCUGCGGGCCAUCAUGAACUACCAGUCUGGGUUCAACCUGGUGAUGACCCACCCACGGUGUGUCAAUGAAAUCACGCUCAGCCUUAACAACAAAAACCCCCGAACCAAGGUGCUUGUGUUGGAGCUUCUGGCUGCAGUGUGCCUCGUCAGAGGGGGUCAUGACAUCAUCAUCGCCGCAUUCGACAACUUCAAAGAGGUCACUGGGGAGAAGAACCGCUUUGAGAAACUCAUGGAGUAUUUCAGAAAUGAAGACUGCAACAUUGACUUUAUGGUGGCGUGCAUGCAGUUCAUCAACAUCGUGGUCCACUCGGUGGAGGACAUGAACUUCCGUGUGCACCUGCAGUACGAGUUCACCCGCCACGGGCUGGAUGAGUACUUGGAGAAGCUGAAGUUGACGGAGAGUGAGAAGCUGCAGGUGCAGAUCCAGGCGUACUUGGAUAAUGUGUUCGAUGUGGGGGCUCUGCUAGAGGACGCUGAGAACAAGAAUGGCUUCCUGGAGCAUGUGGACAACCUGAGAGAGCACAACGUACAGCUGACCGCCCGGCUGGAGGAGAUAGAGAAGGAGGCCAUAGAGAAGAUAACAGAGCUGGAGAAGCAUCUCAUGCAGGUCACCAAAGAGAACGAGAUGCUCAAGGAAAACCUGCGCGACUCCUGCGCCCAGGUGAGCUCCUUGCAGCAGCGAGAACGCGAGCGGGAACUGAAGCAGGAACGGGAGAAGGACCGUGAGCGGCCAUGCCAGAACCCCUCGGAGCUGGAGCUCAAAGUGCAGGAGCUGCAGGAACGGGGUCUGAUCCGCCUGGGACGCACCCCCUCUGGGGGACUGGACAUUGAGGUGGUGCCUGUCAGGAUCAUAGAGACUGUCGCUUCACCUGUCGCUCAAACAGCAUCUCCAGCUCCACCAUCUCCACCGUCUUCUGGUCAGGACGCUCCCACAGCUGUUCCGCCUGCCCCGCCACCUCCUCCUCCGCUGCCAGGUGCAGUAGAGCCCUGCGUAACUUCUCUUCCUGGUCCUCCUCCACCUCCUCCACUGCCCGACUCCUGUGUACCACCACCACCUCCGCCACUCCCGGGAGGAGGACCUCCCCCACCCCCUCCGCCACCGGGAGUUGGACCUCCCCCACCACCUCCACCACCACCAGGAGCUGGACCUCCCCCACCACCUCCGCCACCCGGAGGUGGACCACCACCUCCUCCAGGAGGCCUGCCAGCUGGAAACAGCGCUUCAGGGGUCAAGGGGAAGAAGUCGAUCCAGACCAAGUACCGCAUGCCCCUGCUUAACUGGCAGGCCCUCAAGCCCAACCAGGUGACGGGCACCGUGUUCAAUGAGCUGGACGAUGACCAUGUGCUGCAGGAGCUGAACAUGGAUAACUUUGAAGAACAGUUUAAGACCAAGGCCCAGGGCUCUCCCGCCGACCUGGGCAAACUAAAGAUCAAAGUGGCUCAGAAUGUCCCCUCAAAAGUGUCUCUGAUUGAGACCAACCGGGCCAAGAACCUGGCCAUCACGCUGCGCAAGGGGGGCAUGAGUGCAUCUGACAUCUGCACCGCCAUCGAGAAGUAUGACCAACAGUCCCUGAGCCUGGAUUUCUUGGAACUUCUUGAAAGGUUCAUCCCCACAGACUUUGAGGUAAAGCUGAUGCAGAAUUAUGAGCGGGACGGGCGCCCGCUGGACGAGCUGUCAGAUGAGGACCGUUUCAUGAUGCGUUUCGGGAAGAUCCCACGGCUGGGCCAGAGGAUUGCCACGCUCACCUUCAUGGGCAAUUUCCCAGAAAGUAUGAAGCGGCUGCAGCCGCAACUGAACGCCAUCAUUGCAGCAUCAAUGUCCACCAAGUCCUCUAUCAAGCUGAAAAAAAUCUUUGAGAUUGUGCUGGCAUUUGGGAACUAUAUGAACAGCAGCAAGAGGGGAGCAGCUUAUGGGUUUCGCUUACAGAGCCUGGACAUGCUGCUGGAUACUAAGUCCACAGACCGCAAACAGACAUUACUUCACUUCAUCGUAAACAUCAUCCAGGAGAAGUACCCUGAACUGUCUUCCUUCCACACAGAGCUGCACUUUGUCGACAAGGCUGGCCAAGUGUCUCUGGACAGCAUUCUGCAGGACGUACGCUCUCUGGAGAAGGGUAUGGAGGUGGUCCGGAAGGAGUUUUUAGUGCAGGAUGAUAACCCGGUGCUGAAGGAGUUCCUGAAAACAAACAAUGAACUGAUGGACAUCCUACUCAAAGACAGCAAGGCUGCUCAGGAGUCCUACCUGUCAGUGGUUGAAUACUUUGGGGAAAAUCCAAAAACCACUCCGCCCUCUAUGUUCUUCCCCAUAUUCGUGAGAUUCAUUAAGGCCUACAAGCAAGCCGAGCAGCAGAACGAGCAGCGAAGGAAAGAGGAAGCCAUGGCGAGCGAGGAAUGUGGCCAGUCAUCACCCUCUCCCUCGAAGAAACUUCCAGCUGGAAACAAGAUGCCAAUGAUGCCUAAGAUGCCCCAGGUGGACUUGAUAGCUGAGCUGAAGAAGAGGCAGGUGAAGCCACAGGUGCGGGAGGGAAAGGACGGAGCCAUUGAGGACAUUAUCACAGACCUGAGGAGCCAGCCGUACCGACGGACAGAAGGAGGGUGGCGCAACGCCAAGAAACCAAAUGGGCAGCAGGUCCAGGGAUCUGCCGAGUGAUGCCGUGCCGUUUCUGGAGGCAAGCACGAGCGAGCAAACACACGCUCGCGCAAAACACACAACAUAUAAAUAUA